CCUCCCACACAAUCUCCAAUCUAAACACCGACCCCAACUCCACACCACCACCCGCUUGGCCGACUGGAGGAACUAGUGAGUCGCACGGCGCAUCGAUUCUAGAUGGCCGAUGCGUACACGGGAUACCAGCGGGGUGCUAACCAGUCCUUCUACUCCCAACAACAACAACACGCGCCAAACUACCAUUCGAGGCAGAUCGCAAACCGCACCGGGUCGCCCACUCACAACGGACGGUUACCUUUCAGCACGGACACCCCCUCACCUACUCGAUCUCCUGGGCCACAGUCUCCAGCUCACUACGGCAUGUUCAACCAAGGGCACCACAACCAAAAUCAUACUAUGCUGAAUGGCGCCUCCCAUCAGCGGUACGCAAUGCACAUGAACCUGGGCAAGCCCUUCCAACACCAGCAAAACCAUCAGCACCAUGGUAUUCAACAACACCAACAGCACCAAGAACACAAUGGGGCCAAUCAUGGGACCAAUUUCGCGAACCACCAGCAUACGAUAUCGAGCGGAGGGCUGUCGAAUGCAACGCCGCAUUUUACUCCCGGUCACAUGCAGAACGGCACACCCGGCAGUGUAAAUAGCGGGCCUGCAAAACCCCCGAACGAUCACUGGUAUGAGCAGUUACGGCUUGCUCAGCAGGCUCGGGAGAUGACGCAGUCGCACCCGCAUGCCCGGAACCACCCAAGUGUGAACAAGAAUGUGGUGGCUGGAUCGACAAACGGAGUUACCAAAGAGUCAGAGAAAGAAGAGAGGAACAGAGCCCUUAUUCACGGUCCCGAUGAUGCUCGACAAGACCAAACGUGGACAAUCUUGGACUUUGGGGGCCAGAAUCUCAAAGUGCUGGCCGCGCCCUUGUUUCAGUACGAUUUCCUGACUAAGCUCUAUCUGAACUGUAACAAGCUGUCCUCGCUGUCUCCUACCGUUGGGAAGCUGCGAAGUCUCAACCACCUGGACCUUUCCCUGAACGAGCUGCACAGCAUACCUCCUGAAAUCGGAAUGCUGGUCAAUCUAAGGCAACUUCUGCUAUUCGAUAAUCAGCUAGAAACACUUCCUUUCGAAAUGGGAUCCCUGUAUCAACUGGAAAUGCUAGGAAUCGAAGGCAAUCCGUUGUCAGAAGACAUCAAAUCUAUUGUUGUUGACCACGGGACUGUUGAAUUGAUCAAAUUUUUCCGAGAAAACGCGCAAGGGCCAGAGCCACCACGAGAACGAGACUGGAUCGUUCUUGACGAUACGCUAGCGCCUGGUCAAGAAACGUUCACAGCGCUAAGUUACAAUAUCUUGUGUGACAAAUAUGCUACACAGGCCCAAUAUGGGUAUACGCCGUCAGGAGCACUGUCCUGGGAUCACCGGAAAGAAGUCAUUCUUGCAGAACUCCGAGAACGGAAUGCCGAUAUCGUCUGUCUCCAGGAAAUCGAUCUAGGAUCUUACAACGAUUACUUCCGCCCAUCACUAGCGCAUAACGACUACAAGGGCGUUUUCUGGCCCAAGUCGAGAGCGAGGACGAUGGCAGAAAAGGAAGCAAAGUUGGUCGAUGGAUGUGCGACAUUCUACAAGAACAGCAAGUACAUCCUACUGGACAAGCACCUCGUGGACUUCGCCAAUACCGCCAUCAAUCGGCCAGACAUGAAGGGUGAGCAUGAUGUCUUCAACCGGGUAAUGCCUCGAGAUGACAUCGCCGUGAUAAUUUUCUUGGAAAAUCGCGCAACAGGAGCACGCUUAAUGGUCAGCAAUGCCCAUAUUUUCUGGAACGAAAUCUUCGUGGACGUCAAAGUCAUACAGGUGGCUAUUCUUAUGGAGCAGAUCACGAAGCUUGCUGAAAAGUACGCGAAAUGGCCAGCCUGCACAGACAAGGUUCUCUACCGGUUCACCAACGGAGACGGCGAAGAUGAUCCUGAAGAAACUCCCCAAGAGCCUGCUCCUUCGAUGGAAUAUUCCAGCGGCUCUCAAAUACCAUUGAUUAUGUGCGGCGAUUUCAACUCGCUUCCAGGGUCAGGAGUCCACACACUUCUCUCUCAAGGAUCUCUACCAAGCUCGCACAAAGAUCUGGGAAGCCGGAAAUACGGCAAUAUCACCCAAGACGGCAUGUCACAUCCUUUCAGCCUCAAAUCGAGCUACUCGUCAGUCGGAGAAUUGAGCUUCACGAACUACACGCCAAACUUCACCGGAGUAAUUGAUUACAUUUGGUAUUCGACAACCGCCAUCCAAGUGGCCGGUCUACUUGGCAACGUAGACCCGGAAUAUCUCGAACGAGUACCCGGGUUCCCCAAUUACCAUUUCCCCAGUGAUCAUCUCGCUCUAUUAGCUCAAUUCGUAGUGAAAGGACGAAAAGAAAAGAAGGUUGUCGAAGCCGAUUUCGGGCCACAGCGUGAUCGAGACAGGGACCGUCGUUGAGCUAAACCUCUUACCUUAGAGAUUUCCUACCAAGCGUUCGACCUUCGUUGCUGAAGAUCUACGAAUUCUGGUCAUGACUUCACAGUGGGGAUGUUUGCUUUCUGUUUGGAAAUAUGCAAAGUGGUGGUUGGGCGCAGGAGUUCAGUUAU